AACUUGAUGCUUCGCAGAUUGACCACACUGUUGGAUUGUUUUGGAAAUUGUUUUGUUUUUGAUAAUUAAAAAAUAUGGCAGAACCCAAUAUACAAAUAAAAUUAGAACAACAGAACAUAAGGGAACGCCUCAAUCUGCACGUCAAGCGGCGCCUUCAGCAGGAUGUAGAAAAUCCCAUCGAGAGUCCCGAGUUGUUGACCAGUGAACCCAUUUCAAAACGCAGCAAGGGAAAAGAGGUUCCCAAACCUCGAAAACCUUAUCAAAAGCGCACAGAGAAACCAAAAACAGACGCAACAAAAGCCAAGAAAGUUGGACAACUUGGCAGCCCGGCAGAGGCGGAUCCCUUGGACGAACAGGAUCCGGAGGGCUUUUCACCGGAGACGGCGGAGGGAAAAUCUUCAAGUCGGGAUCGCUAUAAAAACGCCGACAUACUCAAUAUGGUGUUGAGUGCUAAAAAACGCAUUCUAAUGCAGGAUCCCGAGGUUCAGGCCUUUUGGACCGAAAUAAUGAAGGCCAUCAAGAGUUAAAACAUAAUUAAAUCCGCAUAUGCGGUUUACUAUCCAGGGAAUAGUUUUAAAUUCGUUAAUUAAUUUUAAGAUAUGAUUAUAUAAAAAUAAAAUGUAACUAUAACACUGUAAAAUAUACUUUAUUUUAAACAAACAGUAAUAAAUAGGAAGUGUGAUUUGACGAAUUAUAUAAUAAUAUUAAACGUUUUUUAUAUAUAAUUCUAAUUCUGGAAUAAGGAAUACUAAUAUGCAAGAACCGGAGUAGAAAUUAAAAUUUGUAUGGAUCAAGAAUUCUAAAUUAAAAGUUAAAGUUUUGAAAAA